GAUUGAUCCAACGCCCACUCAGCCCCGCGACCACGUCAAGACUGUCUUCUGCCUUCGAAAGAUAGUUUUGAUCUCCCCAUAUCAUAUUAAGGCACCAUGACGAGUACUAUCGGCAUCCCGAUCAAGCUGCUGAACGAGGCGCAGGGCCAUGUCGUCACCCUCGAAAUUACUUCCGGCCAAGUAUACCGUGGCAAGCUGCUCGAAGCUGAGGACAAUAUGAACGUUCAGCUCAAGGAUAUCACGGUCACUGCGCGCGAUGGCCGUGUCAGCCAUCUCGAUCAGGUCUAUAUUCGGGGCUCGCAUGUGCGAUUCUUCAUUGUGCCGGACAUGCUCAGGAACGCUCCGAUGUUCAGAAGCAGAGGGGUGAAGGGUAGAGGUGUUGGUUUGGCCAGAGGAAGAGCGACGGUCAGCAGGGCACGAGCGAGUGGACGAGGC